GGGGGCCCUAACAAAAAUAAGUGUGACAAAAUCACAAAAAAAACAGACAAAUUUUUGUACCUUCAAAGCAAGAAAGAGAGGGGCAAGAACUGAAAAAGGAAUCAAAUAGCUGGUAAGAGUCCCCCACCACAGCCACACCCAUCUCACCGCCAUCGGAUUCCCACCCACCCAACAACAAAAACAAUCAACUCUCUCUCACUUUGGCCCUUCCUUUUUAAACAAACAUUCGCCGCACUCUCCUUCUCACUCUCAUACUUCCUUCCCGGUCUCUCUUCCAAUUCCAUUCGCUAGAAAAAAACCAGAAAAACAAACACCAAACAAAUAGAAAUUCCGUUAAGUUACCACCCAAAAGACAAAAAUACGCAAUUCCUGCAUUUUCCUUUCUCCUAGGACAAAUUAACAUGGCCGGACCCCUCUUCUCCCAGCUCUCCGACGACGUCGUUCUCAAGAUUCUCUUCAAGCUCGAAGAGGACCCGCGAAACUGGGCCAGGCUCGCCUGCUCUUGCACCAAGUUCUCGUCUUUGAUUCGCAACGUUUGCUGCAAGACCAAGUGCUCCGAAGUCAUCCCUUCCGUCGUCUCCGAUCUCCUCUCUGGCUCAUCUGCGCCACCGGGCGGUUGGGCCGCGCUUCACAAGCUCGCCGUGUGCUGCCCCGGUCUCCUCCACUCCGGUGUUCUCUUUGAGAACUCCGAUUUCGGCCUCGAACGUGAGGUUGGCCCCGAUGAGAAUUAUCGGAGAUUGGAUUCGCCUCCAGCCGCCAAGCCCCAAACCGAGCCUUCGUCGAGCCAAAUUGGUGCGAAUCAUGAAGUGGGUGCUUCAGGGCCUAAUUGUUCUUGGUCUCUCUUCGAUGAUCUUUAUUUCGAUACGGUGUAUGAUGAUUCUGAAGCCCAAGUAGAAGCAGCAGAGGAUCAGGCUAGUGUUGAGAAAGGUGGUGUUAGAGUGGGCGGUGAAUUUUCUAUAUGUAAGAAGAGGAAGGUUUGUAGGCCGAUGAGGUCGCAUUUAGCUUCUGGGGUUUGGAAUUUGAGCCGUGAACAGGGCAAUAAGCUUCUUCACAGUCGGUUCCGUGGUGAUUGCUUAUACAUAUGUGAUUGGCCUUUCUGUGUUCACAUCGAAGAGAAGCGGAAUUACAUGCUUUUCAGAGGGAUUUUCAAGGAUUUCAAGGGGUCUCAAGUGUGGAGGACCAUAAGGGAUGGGAAUAGGAGCAAGAUUGAUCUGAAUUGUGCGUUUUGCUCCUGUAAAGAAACUUGGGAUUUGCAUUCUGCCUUCUGUUUGAGGCGGGUUUUCGGUUACCAUGACGAUGGUGAGCCGGUUGUUCGAGCUUAUGUCUGUGAAAAUGGGCAUGUCUCAGGGGCUUGGACUGACUUGCCAUUGUACUCUUAAUGGCAUUUGCUUUGUUCUCAGUUCGUGGAGGGUUUUCUAGUUCUUUCAUUUAUCAUUGAAGUGUCUCUUAUGCGUAUAGGAAUUGAGGAAUUGAGAGAGGAAUGUGUUUAUUUCCAAUGUAUGUCAGUUUCUGAGGAGCAUUAUGUUGUUGUUGCUGUCAUUGGUGUGUCCUUCAAACCUGCUUUGUUUUAUUGUUGUUAUUUGUGUUUCAAUAAGAAAUUUGUAAUUUGAAUGAGAUGCUUCAUUUUAAGAUCGUCUUUGCGAUGAAUGCGAUGCUUUCAUUUUGUUAAGAU